CGGGACUCUCGUCGUGGGGAAAAUCGCCUCUGAGGCAGGACUGAUUUCCCGCUUUUCUGGCGAGGAUGGACUCCCGACGACUCUCGCGUUGCACGCCUGGUCUCUACCGAGUAUUCCAGCGAGGAGUAAUCGACCACGGUCUACCACUACCGAGUUUUUUGUCGCUGAGAUAUAUAAAAAUGGGCAGAUGGAAGCAGCCGUUCCGUACCAGCCUUUCCAUGAAGAGUGUACGGUUUCUUUUCGCUCUUUUGGAGGACACGCGCCGAAACAUGCCUCGCCGAAAGGCAACAUCGAGGGGCCCACGGCGACGUUGCAACGAGGCAGUCGAGAUAAGAAAAACGCGAGGAGAAGCUGAGCGGGUCCACCGUCUCGGCCGAGACGGAUUCUUUUUUCUGAAGAACUCAACUCGCCUGUUUAAACUGGCAGACCGAGGAAACUGCUUUCUUCAACAGAGGCAGGGAGACAGAACAGAACGCUGCCGACCUCCCAGAACGAGCGCGGCCAAGACUGAGAACGAUACGCGACCUGCGCCCUGAACGUCUCGGAGUUGCCACCUCGUCUGUUCUCCCUGCUUCGUUUCUAUGCGAUUCCCUUAACCAGUGAAACACAGCUCAACAGGAGAAGGGCCCCCAUUGUCGAUUCACGUUCACAUUUCUCUGCAUCGGCAUCCGUACCUCUCUAUUUGCUCUCUCUAUAUAUUUGCAUUUUCUGUUGUGCUUCUUCCCCAGUGCCGCAGGCUGCUAUUCUUACAGAACUCUGCAGAGUUCGCCUUCGCUUCCUGACGAAAAAGGGGCAACCCUUGCGUUGAAAGCCGCCGUUGGGGCGUGAUGGGUUCCAGACCCGCGGGCGUCGCGCCUCGCGUCGUGGCGACGGGCAUCUCUCCAGAGGGACGCUCGCAUACUUCUCAUUCCUCCCGUCCCCGUUCUCAGACCUUUGUGUCCGCCACUGCUUCCUCUUUCCUUUCUUCUUCACCUUCUCAGUCUCCACCCUCUCCCUCGUUUCUCUGCUCUCCGCGGGCAGGUUCCUGCUGUCUCGUUGCCUCGUUCGGCCUGCGUCUGCGCCGUCUAGACGCAUCGUUUUCGCUUCGAUCUCUCCCGGGCUGCUUGAUUCUCGCGGCUUUUCUGCUUCCUCUCUGCAUGACAAGCACUUGCCGCUCCGCUGCACUCGACAUCAAUUCCAGUGUCGAGACCGCGACAGCUACCGACCUUCAACGGACAGCAACCGCAGACGACUUCGAACCCCGGAGACAGUUCCAGAGAUUCAAGCUCAGUCAGAAUUCGACGUUGUCCGAACAAAGAGACUUCCCGGAAAGCCGCAGAAGAACCUCGCGUUCCCGGCCCAUCCACGUCGCCUCUGCUGUCGCUUCUCUCGCCUUCAGCAAAGGAAACAAAUCAAAAGUUUUGCUCAGAGAAAACACCGGCGAAGUCCUUCUUGAAGAAACACGCGAUGGAACUAUCGCCUGUACAGACGGCAAGACGGGCCGUGAAGAAAAUCUCGCGAAGGGCGGCGGGACACACCACACAUCGGAGAUCAUGGGGGAAUGUUGAGUCUGUAGAUGUGUUUAGAAGGACUCAAACUGCGACAGGAGAAAUUCCCUACACAAAGGAUCUCCAGAGAAGUCUCGAGUGUAUUCGAGAGCUCAUCUAUGAAAAAACAACCUGAAGGCGACGCGUGUACAAAUAGGAUCUUCGCUUUGGUGGAACUGGUUCUACGUGGGGGAAACGCUUUCCAAAAUUCGGUCCGACGUACGCGCGAGGCGCUGUGUCGAGCAUGACUCGCGUGGAAGCAUACUACAACCACGGCCAUAUUGCCCAGGUUCAGCCAUCGAUAACCUUUCGAAUGCGCAGGGAUGGGAGACUGGAGAAGCUCUACACGGUGAUGCUUCCUGUCGCAGGACCCUCUGGUGGAGGGUCCCUCCACCCGUUAUCUGCCGUCGUGAUGGUCUGCCUCGGCGCUGCAAAGGUAGCUGUGGCCAUCUCAGAGAGAGACGUAGGACAUGUGUCAGCUCGCGAAGCCGAUGCCAUCGAAUUCGAGCAUCUUGGCAUGGUGGAUCGGUCGCGAACGGUUACCUCGAGUUUCGAGUCUGCGGCUUUCCAGACGAGGCGAAUCUCCUCUUUCUCGCGUUUCGUGGAUGCCUCUGAGCAUGUGCUGUCUGUGUGGAGCGUGGCGUUCUGUUUCCUCGAGCUGACAGCCCGCCUGGUGGCGUUUCACAAAGCUCGAAAGAUUGACGAAGCCCCAGAUCCGUCUCUCGACUAUCCCUUGCCCCUGGCCUUUAGCGGGAGCCUCGUCACCCAUACAGGAGCGCGGUCACCAGUAGAUGUGAUGGGAUUUCUGUCUCUGAUGCGCCACGCGAACACCCUGAACGCGUAUGGCCGCAGUCAUCCGGAGACACUCAGACGUUUCCACCGGUUGAAGCCGGCGAGACUGAGUGUGCGUGUUUCCUGUGACACUCUCUGUCUUGGCUGGGCUAUACAAUGGAUGAGAAGUAGAGAAUCAGGACAAUGCCUCGCAAAAAACGCAACAUUCCUGUGCUCGGCUUUCCUUGUGCGAUUCACUCUAAACUGUCUACUGACUGAAGCACUGAGUUCUCGGGAGGCAGCCGCUGUCGUAGGUCGGUUCCCUGUUGAAAAACACCGCACGAACGCAUCGGAGUAAUCGGGCAUUUGAUUUUGCGACUCUCACACACCACGUCGAAGACGGCGGGAAAACCUCCGUCCAGAGGCGGCACUGAGAACGUUAAGAGCAUCGACAGAUCAUGGGUUGGGGCGAUCUGCCCGUGCAAUGAAUACACACUGAGGGAUUUCUCGGAAUCUUGAUUGCGCUGUCUUUGCUCUCUUGCGC